GAUAUCUUGACUGUGACUAGUCUCUUCAGCCAACUCUUUAGCUAACGUUAGUCAGUCGGUAACAUAAAAUGGAAGACGUUUUCUUACUGAAAGAGUCAGUUUUGUCUUUUCUAGACAGAAGUGGAGCUCUUCUUCAACUUGCUGAAGACUGCAAACCAUUCAACGACAUCCAGCGAAAUGAAGCUGUGUAUCGGUUCUGUAUCCGUGUGAACCCUUCAGACCUAAUCGAACUGGAUCCUAGAUUGGGUGACUGUGUUCUCAAUGACCCCCUCAAAGCUACAGCACUGUUUCAAUCUGUUUGUUUUCUGUCAAUAAAGACACUCUCCCUCAUAGAGAAAAUCCACACAGAAAGUCAGGUGAAUGUGAUCCUGAAGUUUACACACUUACCUCCGUUCCCUGAGUACACCUUGGACCUCUGUGAGUUUCCCUGUGGUUAUGGCCCCAUGAGACCUGUUGCCAUGGAGGGCUUGGCCAUCGCGAUGACUAGGGUCUCCAAGUACACUCAGGGAGCCAGGUUUCUCUGUUCUGAGGAGGACUGUCCCUGCUCAACAGGGUUCCAUCACAUCAGAGUGCACGCACCCGGAGCCACUGAGUCAGCCACAGUGAGGAGUGACUUCAGCUGCCUGCUCUGCUCCUCUCACCUCAAAGAGGACAUCAAGUUCCGGGUCCUGGGGGACAAGCAGCUUGUAGAGCUGAUCCAUGUUAAAGCACUGGAUGUCCUGAAAGUCCAUCCUCCCAGUGCCCUCAGGUACCAGUCUGUCACCCUGUUUCUCAGAGAUGAGCUGUGUAACUCCAUGAGGAUUGGACGUCUGUACAGGGUGCUGGGCAUACCGGCCCAUGUCCACCAGUGGCCCAACGUCACCUGGAGUGUGGAGGCCAAUAGCGUUCAACCGUGGGAGCCUGAAUACACGGGCACCAUCAGCUCUAACUUCCAGGCCCUGUUGACGGCAACAGCCUGUUCCCCCUGGAGGUUCUCUGCCAUUGUGGCUAACACGUUUGGAUCCCCUGUGGUUCCCCCGGGCUUGUACAGCACUCUGAAGCUGGGCCUGCUGCUUAGCCUGGUCCAGGGCCGGGAGGACAACCCAGACUCACUGCACUGCCUGGACCUGCUAGCGCUGACGACUGACACACUCAUACUGGAAAGGCUGAUGACGUACAGCCUGGGUCUGGCUGGCCGUGGGGUGAGACACCCUGCGACAGGGGAGAUGUUUGCCUCUCUUUCUCGUGAUGAACACGGAGCAGGCACGGCUAACAUCCACGCUGGCUCCGCCCUGCUGGCCACUGGGGGCAUCUGCAUGCUCGGGGACCUGGGCCACCACAAGAAAGAUAAGAUGGAUGCCCUUCAGUCAGCUCUGGAGAGUCGGACAGUGUCUGUGAUCAUCCCAGGGAAGAAGUAUGGAGAGGAUGCUGACCAGCAGAUCUCCUUCCCUGUCCAGUGCAGCUUCUGGGCCUUGGCAGACUCCACAGCUCCCUCAAACAAGACCACCAGAACUGACAGUACAGUGCUGGGAACAGUGGACAUGGGCCCGGUCCCUGCCCAGUUGGCCGAGGCCUUUGGUCUGGUGAUCCUGUGUCGGGAGGCAGGGGGAAAGCAGGCCCUGCUAGCCCAGACGGUGCACACCCUCAGACAGGCAGUGCAGCCUGGAGAGCCCCUCUACCCAUCCUGCAUGCAGUUCACCACACAGGACUAUAAGGAGCUUCUGGCCCACACCCAGAGGAUCCAGACAGAGCUGAGCCCUGGGGCAGAGAUGAUGAUCCAUGGCUAUUACAUGGCUAGCAGAAGGGUCCGCUCAGACUCGGGCCAUGGUGCAAAGGUGUCUGUGGCCUCCAUUAAGCUACUGAUCUCCCUGGCUGAGGCCCACAGUAAACUGUGUCUGAGAAGCACAGUGCUGGAGGAGGAUGCAGUGAUCGCUGUGUUGCUGUGUGAAAACUCCAUCACUCUCAGACAUGGUAUGACACACAGGACCGAAGGCCAAGUCAGCAGCCAAACUCAUAGAUCCCAUUUGCCAUGUUGAAAUCACAUAUCGUGGCUAAUUAACAGUCAAAGAACAAACCCCUCCAGACUCGGCACCAUUUCUAGAGAUGUCGCAGUCCAACCUUUCUUUUGUCUAGGGUGCCACCCCCCCAACUAGUGCAAAGUCUUUAAUACUCCUGUAUACGGGGAGAAAAAUACAUCAGCAGAGCAUGGUGAAGAAUCCCGCAGCCAUGCCUAGGUC